AUGAAUAAUAAUAAAAUCUAUUUUUUAUUACUAUCAUUAAUUAUAUCCAAUAUAAACAAUGUUGUAAAUUCUCAACAAAUGAAUCUUAUUAAGGCCAAUCCUCCUCCAGGAAUGAUGGAUGGCAAUUCACAACAAUGUAACGGUGGUGUUUCAUUGGUUUUCAAUGCUGAUUUCCUUGUGGAUCCAAACCUAAUCACAAUUACAGCGCCUGCCAAUGCAAUAAACAUGGUAUUGUCAAAUCAAAAUCAAUAUUCAUUGGCAAGCCAAAUUUUUUAUUUUACUUUUGAUAUUGCAUCCAAUGCUCAAAACCAACCAUCAGUCGUUUCCUUUACCUACAAUGCCGGCCAAUUCAACUUUCCAAAUGCUAUUACAGUAGUUUGUAAUAGAGUAAAUCCAAGUGAUGUUGUCGUAAUGAAUGUUGGAUCAGUGUACUAUUACCCAGAACUAUCAUCUAUGAUCGCUACAUUGAGAUUCAAUUUUACCUUUGAGGGAUUCCCUUACUUUAACCCAUCUUUAGACCUUAGUUGCACAAUAGAUUCCAAUUACCAUUGUUCUAUGGUCGAUAUUGGUGAUCAGAAUAAUAUCGAUAUCUACAUACAAUUGUUGGCAGGAUAUCAAUCUAUUUCAGAAACAAUCAGUGCCUCCAUACUUUAUAGAGGAAAUAGUUUUGGUCACCAACCAAUUCCUUUACAAUCGAUUUAUCCUUGGAAUGUUACAAACGAGUCAAAUUUAAGUUUUUUUAAAAGAUUCUUUCCACCCAAUGGUACAAGUUAUGUAGAGAAUUUUGCUCAGUUAGCAAGUAAAGUUACUACAAUCCAAUUAAUCUCUUCACCAGUCAAACUUAAAUCCUUUUUAAUUUAUAACACUGUUGAUGCUGAUUAUUAUUCCGGACUGAAAAUGAUGGCCAACAAUGUUGACGGAGCAACUUAUGUUGGUGGAUUGUUUGGUUUUGCUACUGUAACUUCCUCUUAUCUUCUAGGAAGUAGUUCAACAAAAUUACUUGAUGAUAUAUCAUUAACAAAGACACCAUUCGCUUUGGGAGGUGCAACAUUAUUCGCAUCGGGUAUGACCACAGCUUUAAAUAUUACUUUGGCAAAAUCUAGAAUGAAUGUUACCAACACUAUGACUUACUCUCUAACAACUGAUAUAAAUGCGCAGAUAGUCGUAACAUUAAAAUACCCAUCUUCCUACGAACCUGGUUUAUUCCAAUACACCACCGAAGUUCCAAUCCCAAUUGAAUUUCAAGGAAAUGUCAACAUUCUAAUUUCAGUUCCAAAUUCAUUCACAUACUACACACAGUCUUCAAACAUUCAAGGUACCUCUCAAUUCCAAAUAUAUAAUGUUGAAUUUGUUAAAGUAUCUACUUUUACAUCUAUUUUCAGAAUAUCUGUUUAUAGUAAUUUUGAAAUUGUUGGAUUCCGUACCAACAAUGGUAACUAUAAUAUGUACUCAUCGAAUCUAGACACCAUAGCUCAACAAAUGUUUUUAAAAAUUUUCAAUACAAGAGGUGAUAUGAUUACCAUAAAAUCUGACCAAAUUUACAACAGUAAUCUAAAUGUUUUCCCAAAUAUUCCAUUAGAUUAUAAAGGUAAAUUACGUGUAGCAAACUUUGAUUAUUUUGUAUUUGAAAAGUCUACUAUGGAUUUCUCAAAAGGUGAAUUUAAUAAUACUUUGUAUUUUAAUUUCACAACUCCAUAUUCUCAGGCUUUGGAAUUGUUGUUUUAUAUUACAGCUCUAAAGGUUGACCUUUCAAUACUCUAUCCUACCAAAUACAAUCCAAAGACCAAUCUAUUCUAUAUAGAUUUCUCAGUUCCUUCAAACAUAGUCAAUGGCCCAGUUAGCUAUCUCAUUUCAAAUAAUGUUGAUUAUUUCUACAGUUAUAGUUUACCAAUUCCUUAUAUAACAAUAUCAAACUCAAUUGGAAGUAUGUUAGAUCCAGAAAUUCAAUCUAUUAAAGCAUUCCAAUCAACAAGCAUUAGAAUGAAUGGAGAUCAAUCAUUCGAAGUAGGAUGGAAUGUAACAAUUCUCGAUUUAUAUAAUAGUUUUACCACAGUAUCUUAUGAAAUUACAUCGAAUAUUGAUUCUUUAAAGAGAUUUGUCAAUACCACCAAAACCAAUAGUUUUAUCAGUGGAAACAGUACUCAUGGAAUCUAUGCAGUCAGAACACCAUUCGAUAUAAAUUGUAAAUCACAAAUCCUUACAAUUUCCAAUGUUGUAUUCUCCAACAAGUAUGAAACCUAUUUCCCGUUACUUUCAAUUAUUGGAGCAAAUGAUGAAAAAGAAUUAACAAUCAAUUUGACAUGUUUAUCAACACCAGAUUCAAUUGCCCCAGUUAUUCAGAAAUUCUAUAUUACACCAUCAGUUAAUGUUUAUUCAUUAAAUAGAACUAUAGAGUUUAGUCUAGCAGUUUCAGAUAAUGAUAAUGGUUCUGGAAUAUCUAAAAGACACCUUCCAUACAUUCUAUUGUUAUCAGAAGAUGGUAUUCAAUUGGAGAUUACUACUACAAUCAAUAUCAAUGUAAAUAAUACUUAUGCAACCUAUUAUGGUGUAGCCAACAUGCCCUACGGAUUUGGAUUCAGAAGUAUUGUGGUUUCUGUUUAUGGUUUAGUAGAUAAUCAAUUGAACUAUGCAUCAUAUAUGUCAUCGGAUUUGUUAGCCUCCAAUUUCCCAUAUAAUAUUGUUAGAGUCUCGCAACCAAGAUAUCCAAUCAUUGAUUCUGGUACCUCACUAUCAUCUGGUGGUGGAACAUUGGGUCUAUUUGGAAGAUACUUUGGAAGUAAAUCGGUAUUCAAUGCUAUGAUUGAUUAUAAAGAUGGAGCUGGAUUCAAAAGCACACCUAUUGAUUUCUACAGUGGUGUAUUCUUGAAUUUAUCUACUUUAACAUUCCCUAAAUCGAUUGAUGUCAAGGUUUCAACUGGAGGAUUGGAUUCAAAUAUCCUUACAAUCGUUGCUUCAGAUUAUAUUCCACCAGCACCAACCACAACACCAAAUGUUACGACGACACCGAAUACAAAGACAUGUCCAGGUAAUCCAAUUUGCAACAACAAAGGAAAAUGUAAUCUUCAGACUUUGGAAUGUGAAUGUAUUCCGAAAUGGUAUGGUCCAUCAUGUGCAUCUGAAAUCAUCAUCAUUCCAACACCAACACCACAACCACAACCAACAUCCGAAACAACUUAUGUUUAUGAUUCCAAAAAUAUAACCUCAGUUGUUGAAGUGAUUGCCGUGAGAGAAUUGGAUGAUAUUUACAAUGUUGUCAAUGAAUAUCAAAUCUCGAAUUGGACAUUAACAAUUGCAGAUCCAAAAUUAAUCACAAUUCCAACAUAUUAUUAUCAAACACAACUUGGAAACACUUCAACAACAUUGAAUGUCACAAUCGAAUUCUUUUCAAACCAAACCGAAAGACAAUUUGGUGGUCAAAAUAUAUCGAUUUCACCAUCAUCAAUCAAAUUCUCGAUUUCAAUUGGAAGAUAUCAAUUCCAAUCAAAAACAAAUUAUCUCCAAGUUGUAAUGGGAGCAACCAUUCAAGGUUCUGAUGGAUCAUGUUCAUCGAAAUCGAUUGGAUCUGGAAAUGAUAACAAUGUUCGAUGGAUCAAAAUGAAUAUUGACAAAACAAGUCUUUAUGGAAGAUUCAUCACCUAUGGUAUCAUUGACGGCAAUGUCGAAUUAAUUCAGAAUAUGCUAAUCGAAGAUGAGGAAACCGACAGUUCACAAACCAGAACAACCAAAGUUGGUAUUACAAUUCCAAACUUUGAUGAUUCCGUUCUCUUGGAUCCUGACUUUUCGAAUCUCAUCGAUGUCAACAACGAUUCCAAUGAGAAUGAGAUCUGUAAAUCAAAGAAGAAACUCAGUGAUGGUGCAAUUGCUGGAAUCGUAGUUGGUGGUGUCGUUGCCGUUGCAAUUGUAAUUGGUCUUAUUCUUUAUCUAAAAGCAAGAUCGAAAUAUAUCAAAGAGAGUAAAAGAAUGUCUUCAAAAUUAAAAAAUAUGGAUAAAUAA